UUAUCAGUGAUUGUAACGACUGGAUGGAACUUAUCGAUGAUGUUUGACCAGAAAAUGUCUGGCAUACUGCUAUUGUUUUCGGCUGCAGACAAAACAGCCUUUUUCUCACCAUGUGCUGGCGGGCUGUCACAACGAGCCGUUUCGCGUUAUUAUCACGCGCGUUUUUUAUUCAACAUAAAAGCUUUGAUCAUGUACAAACAUGCUUAUGUAAUAGUCGUAUUUAUUUGAGAUGUUUUAAAGUGUUGUUUCCCGAAUCCGUCUACAACUAUAACUUCAAAUGCUCUCAAAUGGAAGUCUUCUAAGGUGUGUUGGCGAUGUCUGGAAGUGAGACUGAGGACGAGGACAGUUUAGAUGUGCCUCUUGACCUCUCUUCAAAUGGAGGAGUGUCAGGGAAGAGGAAGAGGAGAGGAAACUUGCCCAAAGAGUCAGUACAGAUACUCCGGGACUGGCUCUACCAACACCGCUACAAUGCCUAUCCAUCAGAGCAGGAAAAAGCCCUGCUGUCCAAGCAGACCCAUCUCUCCACACUACAGGUGUGCAACUGGUUUAUAAACGCCCGGCGGCGACUCCUUCCUGAGAUGCUCCGGAAAGACGGCAAGGACCCCAACCAGUUCACCAUCUCGCGACGGGGCAGCAAGGGCGGUGAGAUGCUCAGUGACAAUUCCCAGUCUCCAAAACACGGCCUGCUCGCUAAUGGAGAGGACCGCAGCAGCUACGAACCCGGCUCGCCUCACCCAAUCAGCAACACACCCACCUCUAACGGUUACCCCAAAAAGGCCCUGUCCCCCAAAACACCCCCCUCACCCGGACCUGUCUUACCCAGACCCUCUGUCAUCUGCCACACCACCAUCACCACAGCCACGCAAGGCAUCGGCACGUCGACGCUUCUCUGUGUGGAGGGGGCCACGGAGCUGCCACUCACAGACGCAGCCGGCCUGUUCGGGUGUCGCGGAGAGGGUAACGUCAGCCCCCAGAGCGGCCUGUUCAACACCCCACCGCCCACCCCGCCCGACCUCACCCAGGACUUCAGCGGCUUCCAGUUGCUGGUUGACGUGGCGCUGAAGAGGGCUGCAGAAAUGGAGCUGCAGGCCAAACAGCUCCUCGCCUGAAGACAGAAAAGACGGAUGGAUGAAUGAAAAAGCUUCAUCGAUGUUUGUUUCUUGCCCCCGAAAACUGAACUCCACAGGGAGUUCAAAAAACUUGACUGAGCAACAGAAAGCAAACAAGCAUGGCCUGAUCAUUUCUAUUUUUGGUAAACGUAAAUCAAAUUGAUGAGGAUUCCUUUAUGUAAAGCAUUUCAAGGUGCCUUGGCAAGUCAGAUCUUUCUUUUGUAUUCCAUUUAUAUGUAAAUAAAUAUGUAUCUUUUUGUUUUGUACACAGGGGACCAAAACCAAACACAGUAAUACAACUUCCUGUCUGUCCUUCUUUUUAUAAGAAGACAAGCUCUUCUCCCAUUCCUCAUGAGUCUUUUUUUCUCGUUUUCAGAGAUUCGGCUCUAUGAUUGUUGGUUUUGCCUCAUUUUUAGAGAACACGUCUGAUAUUCUGCCUCGUUUUUUUGCACAAAAUGGCAGGUCAUCUCAGUAUCUUAUCAACUCUAGCUUUCUCUCUGACAGACUCUAAUCACUACUGCACCGGGUCAUUCUGUGUCUCAAAGAUGUUCAGUUUUUGUAUUGUUUUUUUUUGUUGUUGUUAUUGUUGUAAAGUUUCUGAGGAUGUUGUUAAUAUGUUUCGUUUUUCCUUUCAUUACUCUUGAGGGAUAUUCAGAUGUAGCAGAACUAUAGUCUGAGAUUUCCUAGAAAUGGCCAGUGAAUGUGCCCACAUGCUCCCCACCCCAGCCCUAAACACACUCACCCACACACACACACACAAAUAUAAACCUUGGAAAAAUGAGCUGGAAGAAUGAACACUACAUGAAUUGUAUUAAGUUUUUUUUUUCUUCUUCUUUUUUUGGUUUAUCAAGUUGAGACCACUUUCAGAGGAUAAAAGGAAAGAAUGGUUUUAUUUCACCAAAUAUGUUGAUUUCAAGGUUUUGGGACCUUAGACCAGUGCAUUUACAGUAGCCAAUGUGACAUGAUGCCCAAUGAUGUGACUUCUCCUCCUUACUGUGCAAUGUAUGUGGCAAAUAGGGGUCACACGGUGUUUAAAUAAAGUUUUGUUUUCUACAAAA